AUGGCAGUACCUGAAAGAGGCCCGAGAGGAGAACCCGCAUUCCCAGGACAGGUAUAUCAUUGCUCACAGCACACUCCCAGCAUGACUCUCCCAGGCGUCCGUGGCCAUGUUGGCAGCGUUUCGCCGCCUAAUUUGUACAGCGGCGUCGGGGAGCUUCCCUACCCGAACCUGCAGCACCACUACGGUGCCUUUGCCAACGCUGUUACACCACCCACGCUCUCACCUCCACCCGAGAAACCCGUCACGCCCACGAGGGAAGCGCACACAUCGCACUGGUGGAGUUCAACUGCUUAUAACACGCCCACUUCUCACGCCACUUAUGGUUAUCCAUUCCAUCUUUAUCAGCAGCACGCCAGUCUCGCUGGACCUUUGGUGGGCCAAAGCAACCCAAGCCUCACUCCGCAUCAAACGAACGCCUUCGCACAGGACAACAUUCUUCACCAGCAAAGACGCGUCGCUUCUGCUCUCAACGGGUCUGUUGGUGCUCGGCGUUGUCGACGAUGCCGCUGCCCCAAUUGCCAGGACGCCUCGCGAAAUAGGACAGGCGCCAAGAAGAAGGAACACAUCUGCCAUGUCCCGGGAUGUGGCAAGCUCUAUGCCAAGACGUCACACCUGAAGGCACAUCUGCUUUUACACACCGGAGAGCGACCUUUUGUGUGUCACUGGAUGUACUGCGACAAGGCGUUCACUCGCUCCGAUGAACUCCAGCGUCACCUCAGAACGCACACGGGCGAAAAACGUUUCCAGUGUGAACAGUGCGGAAAACGUUUCAUGCGAUCUGAUCACUACAACAACCACAUCAAGACACACGAAAACCGACGCGCCCGCAUUGUCGAAGGCGACGACGUCGAUGUUGAGUUGUGUGAUGAUAUUGCUACUGAUGAUAGCGUGGACUCAUUCGCAUUGCCAGAUUCUCCCGUAUCUGAAGCAGAUUUGCAGGAGUCUGAUUUGGACGUCGGAGCCAUUGAAAAACUGGUUCCGGGUCAUAAAUCAAGUAACAAUGCAGAAGGAACAGGUGAUGAAGAGGUCAUAAUCGAGUUGAGCCUCUUUGUUGCUCGCCGCGCUCCGUCUUCGGCCCCUCCUGCCCUGGGCCCCAACCCGCCCCUGGCCGCUUCUCCCGCCCCGCUGUACCGCCUUCACAAGGGAAAGCAGCUAUUCCGAAAACAGCGAUUUGCUGGUACAUUUACAAGGUUCACCUAUAAGUAA